AUGGCGGAACUGGGGAAGAAGUACUGCGUGUACUGCCUGGCCGAGGUGAGCUCGCUGCGCUUCCGCUGCACGGAGUGCGCCGACAUCGAGCUCUGCCCCGACUGCUUCUCGGCGGGCGCCGAGAUCGGGCCGCACCGCCGAUGGCACGGCUACCAGCUCGUCGACGGCGGCCGCUUCACGCUGUGGGGCGCCGAGGCCGAGGGCGGCUGGAGCAGCCGCGAGGAGCAGCUGCUGCUGGACGCCAUCGAGCAGUUCGGCUUCGGCAACUGGGAGGACAUGGCCGCUCACGUGGGCGCCUCGCGCACGCCGCAGGAGGUGAUGGAGCACUACGUGAGCAUGUACAUCCACGGCAACCUCGGCAAAGCCUGCAUCCCCGACGCCAUCCCCAACAGAGUAACGGACCACACGUGCCCGAGCGGCGGGCCCCUCUCUCCCAGCCUGACCACGCCGCUGCCCCCGCUGGACAUAUCGGUGGCGGAACAGCAGCAGCUGGGGUACAUGCCGCUGCGGGAUGACUAUGAGAUUGAGUACGAUCAGGACGCUGAGACGCUGAUCAGUGGCCUUUCGGUGAACUACGACGACGACGACGUGGAAAUAGAGUUAAAAAGAGCUCACGUAGACAUGUACGUAAGAAAACUCAAGGAGAGGCAGCGGCGGAAGAACAUUGCCCGUGAUUAUAACUUGGUGCCUGCCUUUCUGGGAAAGGAUAAAAAGGACAAGGAGAAAGCUCCCAAACGAAAGAUCACAAAAGAAGAGAAGGAGCUGAGGCUAAAGUUGAGGCCUCUCUAUCAGUUCAUGUCUUGUAAGGAGUUUGAAGACUUCUUUGAGAACAUGCACAAAGAGAGGAUACUCCGAGCAAAGAUUCGGGAACUGCAGCGGUAUCGUCGAAAUGGGAUCACCAAAAUGGAAGAGUCUGCAGAGUACGAGGCAGCGAGACAUAAGCGGGAAAAGAGAAAGGAAAACAAAAACAUAGCUAGCUCCAAGAGAGGGAAGGAGGAUGGUAAAGAGGGUGAAUUUGCUGCCAUUGAAAACCUUCCUGGCUUUGAACUCUUAUCGGACAGAGAAAAGGUGCUCUGCAGCUCUCUAAAUCUGAGUCCUGCACGUUAUGUAACUGUGAAAACUAUAAUCAUUAAAGACCAUCUCCAAAAAAGACAAGGAAUUCCUUCAAAGAGUCGCCUUCCCAGUUACUUAGAUAAGGUACUGAAGAAAAGGAUUUUAAACUUUCUAACAGAAAGUGGUUGGAUAUCUAGGGAUGCUUCAUGAAAUUCAGCUGAUCUGAAAAAACACAUCAAAGGCGCAUUUUGGCCUCAAGGACUCUGUUAUUUUUUUUCCUUCCCUCCCCAAAGAUUCAGAAAUCCUCCUGCUUAAAACAAAAAAGGCAAAACAAACCCACAGUAUUCAUGAUCCGUGGUUCAAAUGGAUUCUUCAUUUGGAUUACGGCAAAUACUGAACAAUACUUAUUCAUUGGUUUUCAUUGGUUUUGGUACAUUAUUAUAACAGAUCUCUUCCUCAUGGAAACUUACUCAAGGCCAGUAGGCCAAGGGUAGUUACUUUAGUCCUGUUGGACAAAUGAAUAUCCAUGUAAUCCUUGAUUUUUUUUUUGAAGGUGGGCGACAGUUUUCAGCAAGCAAAACUUUAAUCUCCUUUUGUUUUGUUCUUGACAUAAUACUGGUGGCAAAGUAAAGCUCACAAAAAUCCUGCGCACUCGAGCAAUAAGAAGCAGGGAUUUUUGAGAGCAUUGCUAAGCAUUCAGAACACUUUCCGUAGUAACUACAGCCAAGGCGUUCGCAGAACGGUGUGAGAGGCUCUGUAGAGCGUGCAGCAGGGAUGAGCCGUGACAGGGAGUGGAAGCCAACAAAUGUGGUGGAUCAGAUGCCCUCAGGUACUGAUGCUGUGGAAAGGCUCUUAGAGAGCUACCUUCACACCCAGCUGAUCCUGAGGUAGCUUUGACUCGAGUUUUUCCUGAUACAGGCCCCCACUGGAAGUUUCAGUGUUAACUAAGUAGUAGCAAGUUGCAGAAGCGCAAAGCAACUGUGGUGCUCUGUUUUGGAGGUGGGAUUUUUAGGGGGUCAGUACUACUAUAAAGUGGGUAAUUCUGGCCAGACAUGGGGUUUGGGCAAGGAUGCAAUGAGCUGUUUGCAGCAGCUGGGAGCCUUAGGCAGCAAAGUCACUGUCUCCUGUUAUUACCUCUGGUUGAGGGGAGUCUUUUCCUCCUCCUUUCCUAUCUGUAACUUCUGAGCUCAGAUGGUGCAAGGAGGUGUAGCUGCCACCUUCUGAGUUUGUUUGGGAGGGACAGAGAAAUUAAGCUAGAUUCUCAAACUGAUAGUGAUCAGUAAGAUUUUUUUUUUUUAAAAAAAAUGGGUUAAAACAGCUGUUAAAGUACAGAACUAUUAAUGAAACCAUUACAGGGUUUUAAUUGCACAUACCUUGUUUAAAUAUUUGAAACUGAGAUGGUAGCAAAACUGUGAACUAAAAGUCCUCUAUGGUGUGCAUUGUGCACCUUGACAGAUAACUCUGUCAGAGGACUACAGACUGAAUUAGAUUUUUUUUACAGACUGAAUUAGCCUGCAGCAGACAAACUUUUAAGUGGAGCAGAUAAUAAAAUGCCUGAUCUAUACAUCCUUUUGGUAAUAUCUACUGAUUAAGAGAAUGAAGCUGAAGAGGUAGAAAUAAUUUACAUUCAUUUCAUUCUUCAAUUCCUAUGCUGGAAUUGAACCAAAAGAAUUAAAAAAAAAAAAAAAAACAAAAAAAAAAAACCACACCACAAAUAAAUGCAUGUGGCAGAGGGCACAGGGUUAUUUAUAACAUUUUUUGGGGGGGGGGGGUCUAAGACCGCCCCCCCCACAGUUUCUUCUGGAGCAGGCAAGUUGGUGGCUACUUGGGUGGGUUUUCUGUAGGACAGAUAUGCUGAAAUAUGGAACUUGACUGAUUUGAAUGAAUGCAAGCAAUGGAAAUGUAAUCCUGUUUUGAUGCUUUGGACUGCAGUCAGUGAGGAACCCACCAAAUCUUAAAACAGUAUUAAUUCUGCAACUUGACAAGAGGUAUACUGAUGAGAGCUGAAUAGUUUUUUUUUAGUUAAUAUACAUCAAGCAUUACCAAAAUAGUGUUACCAGUGAGUUUAGCAUAAAAAGAGUACAAUUAUAAAGCCAGCAUUUCUGAGGAAAAAAACUCUAGUGCCUUUUUCUUUUGAGCUUGUGUUAUUACAUCCCGUCAAAAAAAAAAAAAAAAAAAAAAAAAAAAAAAAAAAAAAGGAAAGGGCAAUGGCCUCUCUUAUGUGACAUGUUGUUUGGCUUACUUGUAAGUAAGUAAGUGGCUUGUUGUGGAAUACCUGAAACAAAACUCUCUCGCCUUGGCAGCAAUGUAACUAACUGCAACAUGCUGAGCUGCUUAAAGAACCACUUCCAUCCUGUGUGCAUGUACAAGGCGCACAAAGGCAAGUCCCUAAGAUACAAACCAGUGACUUCCCCCCCCCCCACUCUGCCCUGCUCUGGUGGAAAGGAAUUUCAGCCUUUCUUUUUUUCCAGUAUUGUGGUUAAGCAAUUUGGUUCUUUCUAUAACCUGUUAUUCAACUGCCAUAAACAUAGCAUUGCUGAGAGUGUUCUGAAGCCUCAACUAUGCGUGUACCUGAGAGUUUAAAAGAAUUGUGGGUGUCUUUUUUUUUUCUCCCUCCCCCCCCAAAUCUGUGAUUUUUAUAUUUCUAUGAUGCUUUGGCACACUGAAGUCUAACUGAAGCAAUAGUCUAAAGCCCAUUGAAACAAUAACUUAAAAAUCCUAGGCACCAAUAAGUCAGUCAGUCAUUUAAAUGCUGUAGAAAUGAAUUCUGCAUUACACUUUGUAGUUUCUUAAUUCCUCAGCCCCUCCAAGAUGUUUCCUUGGUGCUAGACGUAACUUAUUGAACAUCAAAAUGAAUGUAAAAUAAAGUAUUUUUAAUGUAUGAAA